UACUUUGUCACCAAAAAUUCACAAAUCCUUCCAAAAACUUCUUUUUUUCUCCUCCUCUCUCAAAACACCCAAAAGGGAAAAAGGAAAGAAAAAAAAAAGGACUAAAAUUAUCACUAAGCGAAUGUUUCCUUCUUGUUGGAUAGAGAAUGGAAGCUGAUGUUUCUAUUCUUUCAACAAAGUAAAAAAAAGAUUACCUUUUUGUGGGAUUUUCUUAAAAAUUAGCGUAAAGUGUUGUGGGGUUUUGUGAGAUUUGAGAUGUGCUUGUGGAGUCGAACAUGGUGAAUUGAAUUGAUACUUUUUGUUUUUGUGGGUUUUUGGGUUUCUUCAUAUUUUCUUGAUAAUUGGCAGAAAGGGUUUGUUAGAGAUGAUGAAUUUGUGGGUAUUUUGGUACUUGAGUGUUGUUUGUCUUUCGGGUUGUAAAGUUCUUGGUAAUGUGGUUUUGGUAGGAAAGAAUGAAACUUUAUCGUUUGAAGACAUUGAAGCUAAUUUUGCUCCCUCAGUGAGGGGAUCAGGCAAAUGUGGGACAUUGUAUGUGGCGGAGCCUUUAGAUGCCUGCUUGACUUUGACUAACAAGGAUGAACCAGUUAAAAAUAGCACCCAUGAUCCAUUCUUGCUGAUAAUAAGGGGUGGUGGAUGUAGUUUUGAAGAUAAAGUCAGACAAGCCCAGGCCGCAGGUUUCAAGGCAGCCAUUAUCUACAACGAUGAAUAUGGUGAUCUAGUUGCAAUGGCAGGAAACUCUGCUGGUGUACAGAUUCCCGCGGUGUUUGUUUCUAGAGUUUCAGGGGAAAGACUGACAAAGUAUGCUGGUGACAUUGAUGUUGAAAUAUGGAUAAUCCCAAGUUUUGAGAACUCUGCCUGGUCCAUCAUGGCUAUAUCAUUCAUUUCGUUACUAGCUAUGUCAGCAGUGCUUGCUACUUGCUUCUUUGUCCGUAGACAUCGGAUACGAAGAGACCGGCCUCGGGCCUCACGUGUUCGUGAAUUUCAUGGAAUGAGUAGUCGUUUGGUGAAAGCUAUGCCAAGCUUGAUAUUUACAUCAGUUUUGGAGGAUAAUUGUACAUCAGUAACAUGUGCUAUCUGUCUUGAAGACUAUAUUGUGGGAGACAAGCUUAGAAUUCUUCCUUGCCGGCACAAAUUUCAUGCUAUGUGCGUUGAUGCGUGGCUCACAUCAUGGAGAACGUUUUGUCCCGUCUGUAAACGUGAUGCAAGAACUAGCAAUGGUGAGCCACCAGCAUCAGAAUCUACACCAUUGCUUUCUUCUAGUCUAGCUUCUUUAUCUUCGUUGUCAUCCCUAAGAUCGUCAGUAGCUUCAUCAUCAGCAAUACAAAUAGGCCAAGGAGCAUCCCGAUCCCCUUCAGUUUCUCGUCCUCUAUCAAUUUCUAGUACUCCUUAUAACCACCAGUCACUUCAGUCCUACCAUCAGUCGCCUCAUCUUAGUAUAAGCCGCAGUUCACUUGACCUUCAGAAUGCGUCUUCCCAGAGAUCUCGUGCAUCUUAUUUGAUUUCGCCUCACUCGUUGGGCUAUCCUUCUCUAUCUCCUCUUAAUUCAAGAUACAUGUCACCAUAUAUUCCUAGUCCAGGAAAUGCCUCGUCCAGUUAUAUUGGCUCCUCAAGUCGGCAUCCCAAUCCACUGCGUCAUAGUGAGUCAACCACUAGCUUUUCGCCAUUUGCUUCAGCUCAGUCUCUUCCGGGAUGUGAGUCGUGAUGUGUUGGUUCUGGAAAAUCUGGGUUCAAGUUUGCGCUACCCUUUUAACAAAGAUCAAUGAGUUUGGGUCAUCUUCACCUCAAAUAACACCUAAAGACAAUGCAACAGCUUUGGAGAUGCAGCUCUGGCAUAUGGGCAGACAGGAAAAUGACAGGAAGCCCUGGAUUUGUAUAUUAUUUGUGUAACACUAAUGUUAUAGAUUUGAUUUCUAUAUUGAGGUUUUUACUAUUUUUUUUUGGAGGUUUUUACGAGUGCACGCGCAAAGCGAUGGGUGUUCAUGCUGUAUGCAGUAGCCCUCUUUUACGUACCCUUCUUGUUUAGUGCUAUGGAUGUUAGCAGUCUCCAUUUGCAAGAUGGUUUAGGUCUUUUUAGUUGAAACCUUUUGCUUAGGGUUUGAGCUUGUAUGUAUAGAGUAUUGACACAGAUGACUGAAGCUUCUAGUUUGAAUGUAUUGGGUCAGUUGUAAUCA